UACGCAGAUGGAGCUGCAAUAUCUAGCUGUUUUGUUUCUCUUUUGCCUUUCCGUUACUUAGACUGCUUCCUGGCUGCGUGCAUCUGGCCGCAUUUAUGAACGGGAGUCAUCUUUCAUUAGGACUGCACGGGAUUGCUGAGCUGGAGCUGAGUACGUCUAAGCCUGAAAAACACAAGGAUUAGCUCGGAAAUAGAAAUUAUAAAUCAGAAAGGUUAGGGAAAAACAGGAAAAGGAGUAAUUCUGACUGACCGGCGAAACGACACGUUGGAGCACCGAGGAUAAAACGUGUUAUCGCUUGGAAUCGGCACAGAGAUCAUAAGAAGAAAAGGACAGAAUACAUAGUAACCUAAAGGGACCAACAGAAGUCGAACGAGUGACAAGAAAGAGGACGAGAAAGUAUAAGAUACAGGGGUGCAUCAUGGGUAAGCAGAAUAGUAAGCUGCGUCCAGAGGUUCUCAGCGACCUACGUGAGAACACCAAGUUCACAGACCGCGAGCUUCAGGAGUGGUACAAGGGCUUUCUGAAGGACUGUCCGACGGGCCAUCUGACCAUGGACGAGUUCAAGAAGAUCUACGCCAACUUCUUCCCCUAUGGAGAUGCGUCCAAGUUUGCCGAGCACGUCUUCCGUACAUUCGACACCAAUCGCGAUGCCACCAUAGACUUCCGGGAGUUCAUCAUUGCCUUGAGCGUCACGUCACGCGGUGAGCUGGAGCAGAAACUGAAAUGGGCCUUCAGCAUGUAUGACCUGGAUGGGAAUGGAUACAUCAGCCGGGCGGAGAUGCUGGAGAUCGUGCAGGCCAUUUACAAGAUGGUGUCCUCUGUGAUAAAGAUGCCCGCCGAUGAAUCAACACCGGAGAAGCGGACCAACAAGAUUUUCAUGCAGAUGGACACAAAUAAGGACGGACGACUGUCCCUGGAGGAAUUCAUCAGAGGCGCUAAGAGUGAUCCCGCCAUAGUCAGCCUGCUACAAAAUGAUGUCAGUAGCGGAAGUCAGGUCUAAAGGCAGAGGAGGAAGCAGGGCUUCCUUUGCCCAUCCAAGCUCUCUUCCUUACUGUCUGAUUUAUACGAAUCUCCACUGACACACUACUUGUGUUCCCAGUCAUUCUCUCAGGUUUUCUUUAGUAUCAGAAAAGGCCAUUGUGGUGAAGUUUACCCUGAAUCCUCAUUUACUCAAUUAUCUGAUGCUUUUAUCCAAAGCAACACACAGCAGAGGUUACAAUAUCCUGUGUCCUCCCUGUGAUUUGAACACGUGACCUUUGCAUUAUCACAAUGCUCUGCUUGUUGAGCUACAGGAGUAGAAAAUUCCAGUUGCUAUCCUCCUAACUUUUGAUUGACAUGUUAAAGGAUAUGCUUUUCAUAACAAUUCAAAACGGUUCCAUAAUCUCAAGAGAUAUUUAUGUACAUAUUCUUGUUUUUUAAUGCUUUCAUAAACUUUUAAAAAAUGUAUUGUCAAAGCGAAACAUUUGUUACAUUUGACUUUUUAAAUGCUGUACAGAUAACAUUACAUUCCUAUAAGUUUCAACCUGUUUAAGUCUGAAAUGCCCCAUUAAA